GUCAACCAAAAUAUGCCUCCGUUGUGGAGCCCCCGCUAUUGUGGGAGAGGACCAGUUCCCGUGUUCGGGUGCAAGAAUCUGUCCACUCAAGUUACAUAGAUCUGGGGGGCACAAUUCCUGUCGCAGUCCCGGAGAAGGCGUGCAGUAAAACCUUAUUGAUCAUGUAUCGCGACGAAAGUGUAAGAUUGUGCGAUGUUUUCGAACAGCGUGUGCUUUUCCAAGUGGAUCCCUGUUAUUUGGAUGAAUCAUUGAUGAAGUACGAAGUGCAUUUGUGCGUGGAAUUGUGGUUUGCUGAGGAAACAGUUUCUACAGCCAAUGUAACGCAAACGUUGGAAAAGGCGUACGAACGCCACUUGCGUGUGCACCUGUCUCCCACUCGUGGAAUUCACCACCACUUUGAUGUAUUCUUCGAUUACUUCCACUUAUGUGCUGUGGAAAUGGCGAUACAUGGGGCGCUCACGAGUAUCUCCCCCAACGUCAUCAGUAUCCCUAGGCAAUCUCCACGCGCCACACCACUACAUUUGUCCAAUUCGCAGCAACAGCUCGCUCACCAGUCUUGGCACACUAUUUUGUUCGGUAUACGAACUCAACUCCUUUCGUGUGCCUCCGUCCCCAUCGUCGACUCCAGUCGCAAACAACUCGCGGUGACUGUGCAUCAUCAUCUUUGUCAUGCACUACUGGCGGCACGUGAGGCGAUGCUGCAAUUCUGGCGAGAGAUAUUACCGUAUUUGCCAGCGCAUGCGAAACCACGUUUGGAAAUGGUUGACUUUGUCGGAAAACUGGAUGCCCUUACCCAGAAACUGCAGGCCCAUGCGACUGACGAGGAUUUGGCCAACGAGCUUUCGCUUGACAUCUCACAACUAUCCUCCCAGAACACCGUACUUCUGCGAAAUCUAUGCAAAUCGUGUGUUUUGCAUUCCAAAGUUGCGUCCCACCUAAGACGGAAAGCUCACCAGAUCCGUAUGAAGAGGCUUGCGGAAGCGUUCUUCUGUCAAGAACUUUCUCUUGUGCACUUAUUGGCUGUGUAUGAUCCCAGCCUGGUUGGUCAUGAAACUGUUGCAAACGAGGUUCGACAGUCGGCUUAUUUUCAACAACUUCCCGCACUACCAGUCAGUUGUCGAGAAUUAGACGGCGAUGCAACAAGUCUACCCGUCAUCUUCGAGGAUGUGUAUCUACCUCCACCAGCAACAGAUUCGAAGCUCGUCGUUCCUCGCUACCAUCGCCAUAGUGACGUUUAUUUAAAAUCCAGCUCUCACACAACCGAGGACUCGUCUGGAGCGAGUUGUGGAGAUCUGCCCUCAGGGUUUCGCACGAUGAUAGACGCCUCUUCAAAUCACGUCAAUUCUAAAGCUUCGAAUCCCACCAAAGUGGAGCGGUCGGAACCACCCUCGCCAGUCUCCGUUUCUUUUGCCCCCUUGUCCAAGCACCCGAAGGAUUUUUCCAAGUCGAGUCCUUCUCUAGCAGACCACAACUCUCCACGCGUCUCUGUCAAUCUCCCCCCGGUGUUGCGUUAUAUUGACCAGUCGAAUAAACGACGAUUUCGCCUCUCUAGUUGCCACGGUCGCCGAUCGGUGCAUUUAUUGCGAGCUGUCGACUCUACUGUCAUCCCCGAUCUGGCUAAUAAUGAUUCUGUCAAACUUUUAGGGUUUCGCACUUUGACUGGCCCUGAUUUUCUGGAUGACUCGGCUCUCUAUUCAGAAACCCCGAUGCCUCGAUUUGGACUCUCUCGCAGAUCUACUUUGGCCUCUUCAGAACCGUCGGUUCGCCUUCGUCCUAAAGGCCCAUCCAUUUACGCCCACGACUUUCGCACACGUUCUUUGUGUCUUUCAAGUGCGAAUGGUAUUCCUAGCAUGAUGCUCAACGAUGCAUCAAACUGCCAUACGCUUACAACCUUCACUGCGACUCCGACGAAGCGAGCUACCGACCACCGCGAGGUAGAUACUUCGCGCAACGCGGAACCUCACAAUCCACUCGUCAGCCACCUGGACUCUCUUGGUCCGAAAGUCGCGGAGAAUGAUAGAGAUAUUCGUAACGCUGCACUUCAGGGACCAGCUACCCCACACGAACAUCCCGGAAAAGCGUCCACUAUCGCAUUCAAUGCAAACCGAACUGUUCCCCGGGUAUCAAGCGUCCCCAGGCCGAUUCCUGUUGGCUUUUCAUCGAAUUCUUAUUUUCAAACCGGCCGCGCUAUCGCCCUGGGCACUCUCAGCCGACCACCGCCAGAGCCACCUGGUGGAUGUGUUCCCAAAACUCGGUUGUCGGGUGACCCCGAGUUGUUUGCUCUCUCCAGAGCUCUCAGCGGAUCACAUUUAACCGGUGGCUUACGAUCACUUACUCUAUCCAGUCUCUCUUCACCAGGCCUGUUGUGCACUUUACCAUUGGCUCGAGUUCACUCGGACUCGGCUGUCCAUUCUAUCAGCUCGCACAGCAAGAGCCGGACAUCCAAGCCUUCUACUCACCUGAUCAGCCGUCAUUCCAGAUUGCGGAUCAGACGUUCAAACUCAGCGCUUUGUCGGACUUAUACACCAGACUUGGCUUAUCUUGGAUCGUGUUCCGAUCUGACCCUGAGUGUAUUGGCCGAUUCGGAAUUGCGCCAUCAAACUGCGGAUGCAGGCAAUGUGUCGUCCAUGCACUAUCCGCCCAACUCCAGCGUCCGAAUACCUCAUUCCGUUUCCCUUCUGGGUCUCUCCACGCACACGGUUGAUUCCCCUUUGUGUAGGAAGCCCAAAACGUCCGUUAAUCGCAACAACAUUGGGCAUUGGAUCACUCCUUGUUGGUCCUUGAGCUCCCACCGUUCUGGUGGUGCAUAUUCGAACAGCAGUGAGGACAGCAUGGGGAAGCAGCAGCGGGGGAAACGUCGCUCGUUAGCACUCAUUCCCGCGGAUGAUCGGGUCGACGUUGGUGGGGCUCCUCAGUCAGCUCCAGUGGAUGUACAAUCCAGCCAUGAUCGGAAUAUCACUCCAGCGCGGAUGGAAGGCGAUGUUCAUCCUAUGGGCUCUACGAAAUCCUCCGGCCUUUGCAACGGUGGCGAUUCCGAAUUCGUGCUGCAGUCUCGAGAUGAACAUCGUUUACACGAAUGUGGGUAUCAAGUGCCGUGCGAUGAAGACGAAAGUGACGAGGAUUUUCAGUUGCCCAACAAAGAACAAUCCGAAAAAAUGGACAUCAUGGAGCUGUUGAAGCGAGAAGCAUGUCGAUACGACCGUCCCGGAUUGGCUCAGAAGAAUGGUCACGUCAACAGCACAUACGACAGAAGCACCGAACGGGCCGCAUCUUCAGCAUCCGUAAGGAAGCUCAGGCGACACGCCGCCAAUUCACAGUCCCUGCCAUCAACCACCACUCCUGUUCACUCUGCAACACCGCCAAAUGGCUUAAUUCGCUCACCCAAGCUUUUGAACGUAACUGAGAAGACUCCUGUGAGCAUUCAGCGCUCACUGCAUGAUCUCAUCUCCCCAGGUGUGAUGAACUUUCUCGAGUUGAAGGAGAGUGUAAAGCGGAAAAUUUCUCUGGACUAUCAGGGUCACGUUUACAGUGACUUCGCCACAGUGGCCUCGCCGUAUCCAUACUUUUCCGAACCAUCCUCCCACACUUCGGGUGUUCACUUGGUCAUAUGUGUGCACGGACUUGAUGGCAACUCCAGUGAUUUGCGAUUGGUCCGCGUUUACCUGCAGUUGGCCCUUCCCGAUUGUCAGUUGGAAUUCCUCAUGUCCGAAUGCAACCAGCAAGACACGUUCGCUGGAUUCGACACCAUGCGGGAUAAUUUGGUGGAUGAAAUUAUUGCAUUUAUUGAUGAUUUAGAGGAACCACCUUUGCGCAUCAGCUUCAUCGGCCACAGUAUGGGAUGUGUACUGGUGCGGGCGGCCCUCCUCAGUCCCCGCUUUCAUCCGUAUGUGUCCAAACUACACACAUUCUUAUCUCUCAGUGGACCUCAUUUGGGCACUGUGUACAACUCCUCCGGUCUCGUCAACAUGGGUAUGUGGGUUAUGCAGAAGUGGAAGAAAUCCGAGAGCUUGGCCCAGUUACGUCUGCGCGAUUGUCCGGACUUGCGGAACACCUACAUGUAUCGGCUCAGUGCGAGUGAGGGUCUGGAUUUGUUCCGCUAUGUCUUGUUGGUGAGCAGUCCACAAGAUCGCUACGUUCCGUAUCACUCCACCCGUAUAGAACUGUGCAAGGCUGCCGUGAGGGACAGUUCUUCUUUGGGCAUCGUUUACAUGGAAAUGGUCACCAACUUAUUGCAACGUCUGAUCAAGUCUCCGCGCACUACAGUCGUGCGGUACGACAUUCACUACUACCAAGGAACAUCAGCCAACAAUCUCAUCGGUCGUGCCGCUCACAUCGCUGUGCUAGACUCGGAAACAUUCCUGGAGAAAUUUAUCUGUGUAUCUGCAGCCAAGUAUUUUCGCUAGACCUGUGAACUAAAAGCAAGCAUUUUCCCGAUCCUGCGUGGCCUGCAUCCGGUGUAUGUGCUGCGUGGAUUGUGCAAAGCAUUGUCACAUUGUCCAAUAGAUGUUUGUUUUCGUUGAAUCUGUCCUUCACGACGUCCUACAGAACCAGCAACACAGCCUGUUUGUAUACCAGUGUUUGUACAUACGCUUACUGCUUCUUUUCAAUCUGUGUAUUCCAUCCAACAUUAUUUCUAUUUCGCAGCAUACACACAUGCCGCGUGAUACAUCGUCUAUUUUGUUGUUUCUUGGGAUUGGCCGCAGCGGUCUGCCCACAGGUCCCCUUUUCAUGUUUAUUUUCUGACCAAAGCGAUGUCCUUUCUCCUGAUUUGCUACUCCUGCCUCUUCUUCUUCAUCAUACUUUUUUUUUCCCAGAUGGACGACUUGUGUAUUUUUCUGAGUAUUUGCAACUUCUUAUCAGUUAUUGGUCUCCUAAUCGCACUUCUGUUGCUCUUUCUAGCUUCCUUCGAGCCGUUGCUUUUGUAAAUGCAGUGUCCACACUCACGGCGAUCCGAAUUUAAACACCAUUUCCAAUUCAACGGUUUUGUGGGAGUGGCUUAAAUACACCUCCGUGAUACGUUAUUGG